CCAACCUCCCAAAACAAGGGAGACAAACAGAGAGAGAGAGAGAGAGAGAGGGCCGAGUCGUUCUUUCAUCCUCAAAAUCUGUGUCUUCGAUCGUUCGGUUUCCCCCGCAGUGUCUAAGAUCAACUGCGAGGUGUCUUUCUUUCUUGUCUAAGAUCAAGGUCGUCUUACUCUCCCGUUGAAACCCUUCAGGUCUCUUCCUUGUCUUAUCUCCCCGACUCUCAGAUUCUAGAUAUAAGUCUCAUCCCGAAAUGGGUCUUUUCUUCUGAUUUUCUCUGUGGUUUUCUUAAGAAUUUGGUGGGUUAAUAAACAAAUACGUUCCUUUCUCUCUCUUGCUCAUAUGAAACGUAACCGUUCCAAUAUCGGAUCGAAGCCCAACAACAGUUCUUACGUUUAGAUGGUUUAAUUAGCGUCCUGUCCUGGACUCUGUUUUCUCCAAUCGUUAGGCUUCCAUUUUUCCUCUUCUCUCCGCUUCUUUCUUUCUCUGUUCCAUUUACGGAUCGAUUCUGGCGCUUCUCUCUCAUGUUAAUUCGCCUGGAUUUGCAAGAGAGAUACGGUAGGAAUUCAGCUUCUUCUCUGGGUUUCCUGAUCUGGGCAUGGAACAAUUCAGGCAGAUCGGGAAGGUUUUAGGUAGCCUAAAGGCUCUCAUGGUAUUUCAAAACGAUAUCCGGGUGAACCAGCGCCAGUGCUGCUUGCUAUUUGAUAUCUUCAAUCUCACCUUUCAAGGUAUCGCAGAGGAGCUAAAGCAGAAUCUGAGAUUCGAAGAGAAACACAUCAAAUGGAAGGCCCUUGAGCACCCAUUGAGAGAGCUUCACAGGGUUUUCAAAGAAGGGGAAGCCUAUGUUCAGCAAUGCAUGGACAACAAGGAUUGGCUGGCCAAGGUCAUCUGCCUUUCACAGAACACCGAUUGCAUGGAAUUCCACAUCCACAACCUGCUUUCCUGCAUCCCAGUUGUCAUUGAAGCCAUAGAAACUGCAGGAGAAAUCUCUGGGUGUGACCAGGAUGAGAUCCUGAAGAAAAGGGUUGUCUUGUCCAAGAAGUACGAGAGGGAGUGGAUGGACCCUAAAAUCUUCCGGUGGAAUUUCGGGAAGCAGUACCUGGUUUCUCAAGAUAUCUGCAAACGAUUGGAUAAGGUUUGGAAGGAGGACAGGCGGCUUCUUCUGGAGACAAUCAAAGAGAAUAGAAGUUCUGGGUCAGGAUCUUUAGCCAAGCAAGAGCAACGUUUAAUGGAGCUCCUACUUAAGAAUCUAGACCACAACAAGCCCUCUGAUGGGUGGAAGCUCUUCCCAAGCUCAAUAUUGGUGGGUUCAAAGGACUACCAGGUGAAGAGACGACUUGGGAGCGGGAGCCAAUUUAAGGAGGUCCAGUGGUUGGGGGAAAGCUUUGUUUUAAGAAAUUUCUUUGGAGAGAUUGAGCCUGCAAUUCCUGAGAUAUCUCUUCUCUCUUCUCUUGCCCACCCUAACAUACUGCAAUUCCUUUGUGGGUUCUCGGAUGAGGAAAAGAAAGAGAGUUUCCUAGUUAUGGAGUUGAUGAACAAGGACCUCAUCAGCUGCAUCAAAGAGCUUUGUGGCCCGAGGAGGAAGGUUCCAUUUUCCCUUCCUAUAGCAGUUGAUCUAAUGCUUCAGAUUGCUAGGGGGAUGGAAUAUCUCCACUCACAGAAAAUAUACCAUGGAGAUUUAAAUCCAUACAACGUCCUUGUUCGACCAAGGAAUUCCCUUGACGGAUACUUGCAUGCUAAAAUCUCAGGAUUUGGCCUAUCCUCCAUCACGAACUCCACCCCUCGAACCUCCUCGAAUCAAAAUGAGGCACCAUUCAUCUGGUAUGCCCCAGAGGUUCUAUUGGAGCAAGAACAGCCACAGCCUGGGACUACCUCCAGUUCCAAGUACACAGAGAAGGCCGAUAUUUACAGCUUUGGUAUGAUUUGCUUUGAGCUUUUGACAGGGAAGGUCCCAUUUGAGGAUGGGCAUCUCCAGGGAGACAAGAUGAGCCGAAACAUUAGGGCAGGUGAAAGGCCACUCUUCCCAUUCCAUUUACCAAAAUACCUCACCAACUUGACCAAGAAAUGUUGGCACACUGACCCAACUCAACGUCCAAGUUUCUCGUCCAUCGGUAGGAUCCUCCGCUACAUCAAGCGGUUCCUAGUGCUGAACCCAGACCAUAGCCAUCCUGACCCUCCAUUGCCGCUCGUUGAUUACUGUGAUAUUGAGGCAUGGUUCUCCAAGAAGUUUGCUGCAGAAGGUAAUCCCAACCCAGCACCAGUAUCACAGAUCCCAUUUGAGAUGUUCUCUUUCAGGGUUAUGGAGAAGGAGAGGAUCAAUUUGAAUUUUAAAGACAGGAGUUCAGAGUCAGGCAGUGAUAGCAAUUCGGUUUGUGGGGAUGAGAAUGCAGCUCUGAUGGAUGAUGAUUCACUAUGUUUCUUAUCAGGAACACCAAAAGGACGAGCACUAAGACCCCCACACAUGACCCAAUGUGGUCGUUGUUUGAGGAUGAAUUCUGAGAGCCAUAUAGUGGUGAUGAGCCCAAGCAGGCGGAGAACAUCUGGUCAUGCCUCAGAUUCUGAGUUAGCUUAGGUCCAUACACAGCACCUCCCUCCCCCUGCAGAACAUCUCAACACAAGGUGGUAGUUCGCCGAAGUCCAUAUGGUGCUACUUGCUAGCUUGGCUUCUAACUUCUAUUUCUGUCAAAAUGCUCAUGCGUACUACUACGGUACUGUACAGGAAAGAGGAAGAGAUUUUCUUUUGCAAGGCCUAGAUUCUGGGCUAUUUUGCACCCAAUGGAUGGACAAAUGUUUUUUUUUUCCCUUCCCAUAAACAGGGAGGAGCCACUACUCAAAGUUUGAAAUUGUGAAUGUUGCUAAAAUCUUUUGGCCCUUGAAUGCUUUCACCUCAG